AAGCAAAAUAAAUGUUUGCCCCCCCAUAUAUUAUAUUUAUAUAUAACUUUGAUAUUUGAUGUGCCACUGGGAUAAACGGGAAAACGGUGCAUUAAUUCUGCUAAAGCAUGCUUGAUUCUACCACAUACUAAAUGUCAGAAUGGAAAAAAUAGUAACAGAUAGUGUAAACCCUUUGAACUUUAGCUCACGCAGAAUGCGCAUAUUCAGGAAUAUAAUUAUCUCAUUGACUGGGCUACCCUUUGACAUGCAAGCAUAGUCACGUGUCUAGACUACCUAUGCAUGCCUGGCAACGUCUUAUGUAUUUAUUGUUCAUUGGAUAUUGGAACCUAAGAGGAAAUGAGACCUAACUUGUUAUCGUGCGUUCAUUGUAAACUGGUUGUUAUGAUAGUUUUUUCCAGCUCAGUUUUGUUUGGUGCGUCAGUGACUCGGCACUCCUACUUUCGUUUUCCCAUCGAGUUUCGUUUCUCUGUAAACCGACAGUGGAUUCUUUAUAUAGCCUACUGUUAAGCACAGAACACAAUGUUGUCAAGAGCAAUGUUUCGCUUUGGACAGCUGUGUCCGCGCGUGUUUGGUGUCGAGUUUGAUUCGCGCACUGAACCUCUCUACUACACAUUGAGCUCUAGUCCCCAGGCUCUGCACCGGGAUCAUCAGCGGUUUUUUAACGAUUAUGGGAAACUCUACUCGCUAUACAUCCACUCCGAUAACAGGAUUCAAAAAGCGCAAACUCACGCGGAAAUAAAGAGCAAACUGUCUGAAAAAUUUGCACGGUUUUGCGACGUCUUUGAGACGUCUGCGUUUAUUCCGGAUGUUAAAGACAGCGUCGUUAAAGGAUUUUGCAUUCGUGAGAAAUCCAAUACAGGCAUUUCGGAGGAAAUAUUAAAGACAUUUCAUCAGAAUGAAUCGGUAUGUUUGUUUUCAUACAAACGCGAGGGGCAGUACUGCUGGCAGGAGGCGUGGUCACAUGUCAAUCAAGCGGAGAAGGCGGAGAGACAGUACAUCACGCCCGCAUCAUCACCGGUUUAUCAUCCAUCAACACUGGCCAUCAGGAACUCCGAUGUCUUUUAUAGUAUGGAUGAAGCCUAUAAGGUUCUUCAGGAGUGUAGCGACAUUUUACCUGAGUCAAAGGCCGUGCUGCAGAUAGUGGAUGAACAGGUGGAGUCCUGCAGAAAAGAUGGUUUUCCUGUCACUGUGAUCGAAGGACUGGAUGCUACAGGUAAAACUACCCUCACAGAAGCCCUGCGGGAAUCUCUGAAUGCCACAUUGCUGAAAUCUCCUCCCCAGUGCCUGGCUCCAUUCAGACAGCGCUUUGACUCAGAACCACCCCUCAUCCGCAGGGCCUUUUAUGCUCUGGGGAACUACAUCACUGCGGCUCAUGUGGGAAAAGAGUCCUUGAGAGCUCCUGUCAUAGUGGAUAGGUAUUGGCACAGCACAGCAGCUUAUGCUAUAGCCACAGCUGUCAGUGGGAGGGUGGAAAACCUACCUAGACCAGGCUCAGAACUCUACCAGUGGCCAGACGACCUACUCCGGCCAAACCUGGUGCUUCUACUUACUGUCAAUCCUGAGGAAAGGCUAAGACGACUGAGGGACAGGGGACAGGACAAGACUAUUGAGGAGACGGAGCUUGAGGUCAACCAACUGUUCAGACUUAAGGUGGAGGAAGCUUACAAGAGAAUCCAAAAUCCUUCCUGCAUCAUCGUGGACGCAAGUCCCUCUCCACAACAAGUGCUACAACAAGUGCAACAGUUAAUCAUGAACAAAUGUCAAUUGUAAACAGGUCUUUAACAAGCAAUGCAAUUCCUCUACAAAACACUAGAUGGUAGUGUAAUGUUAUGAUUCAGGCCUACACUGUAAGGUCUCAGUCAGCUGAGCCUUAUGAUUGAAAGAGAGGCUGGUGGCAAGCAGCCAGCAUAUAUUUUCGGGCUCGUAUCUGGACAUGUCUGAACAUAUUCCCUGUCCCACAGAGCUUUAGCAAUGAAAAACACGAGAGGAAAAGUUUUUGGGGGUGCCGUAGCUGGAUGUCAGCUCUCGUAGGCAGGGUGAAAGCGUCCAUUCUGAUUUAUUCCCACUGAAACACAGGAACUGAAUUAAAGACAUUUGAGAAUUCAUCAAUCACCUCAAUUAGAUUUAAACACAAGAACUUAUUGUUGGUCAGCUCUCCGUACACCCCUAUAGGAGAUAGAAACAGGGGAGUUUAUGGGGAUAUUAAAAGCAAUAGAUCUGAUCUAGGCAAUUUAAAGUUUAUUUGAUUUGUGGCUGUUUCUUUUGGACACGGACUCUGGUCAUUAAUUAAGAGUGAUAUGUUUAGUUAAAGUACAAUAUGCCAUUAUAUUCAAUAUAAGAGUUCUAAUACAUGAUUCUUUUUAUUGUACUGAAAUACUCAAUUUUUUACUUUUUUUUUUUACAAAAUACAAUUUUAAAUAUUUGUCUUAUUUAAUCAUCUAUAUCCACAAUGAGUUUUAUUUAAUCGGGUCAUUUAAAUAUUAAAAAAUCUUUAAAUGAAUACAAUUAUAUUUCAUUGCUUCAGAUUUAAUUUUCAUGUCAGUUUUACUGUGCUUCUUCUUAUUAUUAAGUUAUUGUGCCUUAAAAUUUAAAGUGCUGGAGGAAUGCUAUUUUUCUCUUUUGUGGAGCUUAGUUGACAGCUUUAGAGACCAUACAUGAAAAUGUUACUUUUAAAAUUCUUCCUUUAAUUAUAGACCCCUUAAAAGUUUGUAAACAGUGCAACGUCUCCGGGUGGGCGGGGCUUAGCUGGAGGCAAAAAGAGGCACGGACGCAAUGUUGACAAGCGUAAGUUAGCAUGUUUUUAGGAAGGAUUUAUUAAACAUGGAUGCAGAAGAAGGUUCAGAACUGUCCGAAUAUGUACAGUCACUGAUUCUGUGGGGGUAAAUUACCCCCAGGUUUACAAGGUUUAUUUUAACCAGGUUUUGGAUAUUUCCUAUACAACGUAUGAAUUACUUUCAAGUGGUUUGGGGUAUUUUGUCAAUGCUCAUUGUCUAAUGUAACCUAUCGCUAGGCUACCUUUGAUUAGCAAUGUGGAUUAUUUUCAUAGAUAUGUACACUAGGGGCCCUAUCUUGCACCCAGCGCAAUUGACUUUGUCAGUGACGCAUGUAUCAUUCGUAUUUUGCACCGGCGCACAGCGGGGUUUUUCCCUCCACAGAUGCACGUCAGCAAACUAGGGAAUGAACUUGCGCUCCCUGGGCGGUUCAGCGCAAAAAGGAGGCGUGUUGCGGCGCAAACCAUCUCUUAUGCUAUUUUGCAGUUUCAAAAAACAAUUGCGCUACUAACCAAAAAAAACUAGUCUAAAGUCAGUGGCGCGUUGCGCGUGGUUCAUUAUGCUAUUUUAAGGGCGCAUGCUUGACCAUAAUGUAUAGCGUGCACAACGCGCAUACACUUUGCUUAUCUAAUCUACACAGAUGCAACAGUUAUUUUUGCAAAUCAUAAAUUGUUACACUUAAAAAUAUUAAUACACGAGAUAAGGGGAAUCAUAGUGGUGAGCAUUGUGGUGAUAGUUUUUAUUUAUUCUCAUGCAAAUAACGAUUAAAAUAUUUUCAUAACUUUGUUGUGUGGCUGUAUUACGUUUAUUUUAUGUAAAUAAUAGUUAAAAUGUUUUCAUAAGAAACCUUAAUGUAUAUGAACUUGAUUUGUAAGAGUACUUUGGGGUUGGACCUUGCUUGCGUUUCUUGGGUCCGAUUUCAAAGCCCCCAAACCCUUUCAUCAGCGAUGGUGGACGCAGCGAUGUCCUCUGCUGGCGUCAAGUCCUGAGGCAGAUCCACCUCCUGUUACACGGCGUGCCCGAUUUAUGCUGGCAAGCGUGGGAUUCCCCCGUACAAGGACGUCGGUCUCCUCGGCUGUGAACCGCUCCUGGCGUGCGCCUGGUAAAUCCGUCAUAAUAAUAGCAACCCGCCAUGGAACUUGCGCACUUGCGUUUAAAGGGAAUGUUGGCUAGCGUUCUGAUUGGUUUAUUUGACGUUACGCCCAAACCACACCUAUGAAUAAUGAACCUACUUCAGACCAACCCCUUAUUGAUUUGCGCCCGGCGCAAGAGUUAUUUCUCACGCCGGGAAAAUAGCAACAGCGCCCAAGAUCCGCCCACAAACUUACUUGCGCGUUGCGCUUCGCACUUGCGUUUCAGAUCGUUAAAAUAGAGCCCUAGAUGUCGCCUUGGCUACGGCAGUUCAUUGGACCGAAUGCGUCAAAUAGAGCCGCCAUCUGGAAACAGGGGAACCCUCCAUCAGCGUCAUUUUAGGCAAUGGUGUAACGGAAAUAAAAUCACCAUAAAUCGUCA